GGUGAAAAUGAAAUCCUUGAAACUCUAUACAAUAUUGCAAGCAAGAACAAGAUAUGGAGGUCGUAUAUAGGCAUGGGUUAUUAUAACUGCUCAGUGCCUCAGCCCAUUGCACGGAAUUUGUUGGAGAAUGCAGGAUGGGUUACCCAGUAUACUCCUUACCAACCUGAGGUCUCACAGGGCAGGCUGGAGAGCCUGCUAAACUACCAGACUAUGGUGUGCGAUAUCACAGGAAUGGAUGUGGCUAAUGCAUCUUUGCUGGAUGAGGGGACAGCUGCUGCAGAAGCCAUGCAAUUAUGUCACAGGCACAACAAAAGAAGGAAGUUCUAUGUAGAUGCCCGGUGCCACCCUCAAACUAUAGCAGUGGUCCAAACUAGAGCAAAUUAUACGGGUGUUAUUACUGAGCUCAAAUUACCCCAUGAGAUGGAUUUCAGUGGGAAGGAUGUCAGUGGAGUAUUAUUUCAGUAUCCGGACACUGAAGGGAAGGUGGAAGACUUCUCUGAUCUUGUUGAAAGAGCUCAUCAGAAUGGGACUCUCGCCUGCUGUGCUACUGAUCUUCUGGCUCUCUGUAUUCUGAAGCCGCCUGGAGAGUUUGGGGUAGAUAUUGUCUUGGGUAACUCCCAGAGGUUUGGUGUGCCACUCUGCUACGGGGGACCUCACGCGGCAUUCUUUGCUGUCAAGGACAAUCUAGUGAGAAUGAUGCCAGGCAGAAUGGUGGGCGUUACGAGAGAUGCAAAUGGAAAGGAAGUGUACCGACUUGCUUUGCAAACACGAGAGCAGCAUAUCAGGAGGGAUAAAGCUACCAGUAACAUCUGCACAGCACAGGCUCUUCUAGCUAACAUGGCAGCCAUGUUUGGUAUAUACCAUGGGUCUGAUGGAUUAAGACAUAUUGCAAGAAGGGUACACAGUGCUACUCUAAUAUUGGCUGAAGGUCUCAGACGAGCUGGUCAUAAACUGCAUCAUGAUCUGUUCUUUGAUACCUUGACGAUCACGUGUGGAUGCUCAGUCAAAGAGGUUUUGGACAGGGCAGCUCUUAGACAGAUAAAUUUUCGGAUUUAUAGUGAUGGCAGACUUGGAGUAUCACUUGAUGAAACUGUAAAUGAGAAAGACCUAGAUGACAUAUUAUGGAUUUUUGGUUGCGAGUCUUCAGCUGAGCUAAUUGCUGAGGGUAUGGGCGAGGAAACCAAAGGCAUCUUUAGCACCCCAUUUAAGAGAACUUCCAAAUUCUUGACACACCAGGUUUUCAACAGCUAUCACUCUGAGACAAAUAUCGUGCGGUACAUGAAAAGAUUAGAAAACAAAGAUAUUUCCCUUGUUCACAGCAUGAUUCCUUUGGGUUCCUGCACAAUGAAGCUCAAUAGUUCAGCUGAACUUACACCUAUUUCAUGGAAAGAAUUUGCCAACAUCCACCCUUUUGUGCCCCUGGAUCAAGCUCAAGGGUAUCAGCAGCUUUUCAAGGAUUUAGAGAAGGACUUAUGUGAGAUUACUGGCUAUGAUAAAAUCUCCUUCCAACCGAACAGUGGAGCCCAAGGAGAGUAUGCAGGAUUGGCUGCAAUCAAAGCUUAUUUAAAUGCAAAAGGAGAACGCCAUAGAACUGUAAGUGUCAACACUCCUGUGGGGAAGAGUGUUGGCAAUGGCCAUAUGCCUGGACUGGAAAAUGGCCCUGACUGUGAAGCUGUUCAAAGCUUGAGCUACCUUGCAGAGAGAACAAGGGAUUACACCUCCCUCUUCUCUGGGGUUGAUGUGCCCAGCUCUGUUGCAUGGGCUCCUGAGUUUUUUGUAAAUCCUUAU